AAUAGUUUAUUUUAUAUUCCAAUGUUCCUCAUUUUAGAAACAACUGUCCUGGAUGAGGUCCAGUUGGAUGUGCCAUUGGAUGAUGUGCCAGAUGUUCCACAGCUGCCAGUCCUCCUUGAUGUCCAGAAUGCUGCUAUCAUCCUUGAGGAUGUGCCAGAUGUGCAGACUAUCCUUGAGAACAAUGCCGGUCCGGUGGUUAAAGCUUGGAGAACUUUCCAGUUCAUCAGCCCCAUCAUCACCUACAUGCGUGGGGGAUCCCAGCAGGUGGUGGUGAGGAUGCACCACGUGAGUAGGGUGAGAGGCCUGGAGACUCAACUGGUGUGGGCCAUCUCCAAGGAGACAGCCAGGCUUAGUCCAGAGGGCAUCCCCUACUGUGCCACCAAAGUGCAGUCCAUCACUUGGAUCCAGUGUGUGGCUGGCAGGGUGACCCACUAUGCGUCUCACCUCCGCCAUGAGAUAUCUGUGGACGUGACGCUUGGCUGCUACCAGCCUCUACCUUACCACCAAGAGAGUGGAGGACAUCGCCCUGAGGCUCGUCUCCCUGCGCCAGGCCUUCACUACCCUGCUUGGUUCCACCCUGAGCAGGAACCAUCUGUUUGUGGCGGGAAAGGUCCUCCUGGGCGGCCUUGUUCAGGCCAACCACAUGGACGAGGCAAAUUCAUCCGUACCUAUAACGACUUUGUGGACUACCUGAGUGACCCCUCCAAGCGGAAUGACAUUGAUAGGGAGCUGGCUGAGGCAAAGAUCCAUCAUGUGAACAUGAUAGAUGUCCUCUUUGAGCUGGUGCUGUUUGGGAUGAUGACAGCUCAGAAGUCCCUGAUGGUGCACCCUGGUGGGUUCGUGGAGCGUCUGUACGCUCUCCUGUACUCCUUCCUGCCCACUGCUGCCAACAUGGAGCCAGAGGCUGAUAGAUACCUGCUGCUGCUCAAUGAUUAUUGUGACACUUUGCCACCCAACAGGGAUCUAGACACCAAUGCACUACAUUACUUUGCACUGAAUUUGACAUUUUAAAAUAAAAUAAGUUGUAGUUCAAAAACA